CUUAAAAUGCGAUGUCUGGCAACCCUGUAAAUAAUCUCUAGGGGCUGUAACUGCUUGUAGGGAAGAAGGAAGGACGACAGACGUUCUGUCAGAGCAUUUCCAGAAGUCAGUGACUAAAGAUGUCUCAGAGCGAAGAGGGUUAUGUUGUGCGCAUCCGUGGCUUACCCUGGUCAUGCACACAAGAGGAAGUGGCCUCGUUCUUUUCUGACUGUGAUAUCAUAGGAAAAGUGGAUGGGGUGUGUUUCACUUUCUCCAAAGAGGGUCGACCCAGUGGGGAGGCAUUUAUUGAGCUAAAAACAGCAGAAGACUUUAAAACUGCCCUGGCAAAAGACCGCAAAUAUAUGGGCCAUAGAUACAUUGAAGUGUUCAAGUCAAACCGCAGUGAGAUGGACUGGGUACUGAAACGCAACGGCCCCACCGAUUAUGAUAGCAGCAGCGGCUGCAUGCUGAGGCUCAGAGGACUGCCUUUUGGUUGCAGUAAAGAGGAGAUUGUACAAUUCUUUUCAGGGUUGAAAAUCGUGCCAAAUGGGAUUACAUUGCCGAUGGACUACCAGGGGAGGAGCACAGGGGAAGCCUUCGUGCAGUUUGCCUCAAAGGAGAUAGCAGAAAAAGCUCUGGGGAAACACAAGGAAAGAAUAGGGCACAGGUACAUAGAGAUAUUCAAAAGCAGCCGAAAUGAAAUCCGCGCCUACUAUGAUGUGCCCAGAAGAAUGAUGGCACAGAGGCCCGGCCCAUACGACAGGCCGGUGAUGGGUCGUAUGGGUUUGUUGGGUCCUAGCCCUGGGAGAAACGGUGCUCUCAUGGAUCAGAUGCGUGGUGGAGGUUAUGGUGGCUUUGACGACUACAACGGCUUUAACAACUACUGUUACGGUAACGGGAUGUUUGAGGAGCGUAUGAGGGGAGUCCGAGGAAGAGGAGGAAUGGGAGGUCACGGCUACAGCUCAGACGAAACGGGUUCGGGCUUUCACGUUGGACACUUUGUCCACAUGAGGGGCCUUCCCUUCCGUGCAACCGAGUCAGACAUAGCACAUUUCUUUGCCCCGAUACGCCCGGUACGUGUGCACAUCGAUGUCGGACCCCACGGCAAAUCCACAGGAGAGGCAGACGUCGAGUUCGCAGCUCAUGAAGAUGCCGUGUCCGCCAUGUCAAAGGACAAGAAUCACAUGCAACACCGUUACAUCGAGCUUUUCUUAAACUCCACGGCGAGUGGAUCAUCUGAAAUGGGUCGAGGUGGCGGUGGGUACUACGGCAGUUCUGGAGGCAUGGGCUCUCGAGGAAGUGGGCCGAGAGGGAUGUACUAAACAGAACCCUGGAAGUUGGAUGGGUCUUUUUGUAUGGAGAUGUUUUCACAUAUAUAGAGUUGUACUAGAAUAUUUUCCAGUCUCAGAGUGGAAUUAAAUAUAUAAAUGAAGAAUAUAAAGAGCAUAGUUUGACCAGCUACUGUACAUUUUGCUGUUUAAAUUUUAUAUUAUAUAGUUCUGUUAGGGUUUUACUAGUGUUGCUUUGUUUUCUGUCGUCAUCUAUGUAGACGUGCAAUCUCGAGAGGACACUGUGAUGGGCCGCCAUCUUAAAAGUCAGAUUUGUGAGCCUUUUAUUCCCCCCCAAGCAAUGAAGAUUGUUUUGACUGUUAACUAUUUUGGAAGCGUCAGUUACUUUAACUGCAGAGUUUAUGUUAAAAUAUUUCAGUGGCUUUUUUUAGCCACUGCAUAUACAAGUUCCAAAGGUAAAAAUUUUGCUUUCAAAAUAAACUUUUGUGAUU